ACUCUGCAGUGGAAACAUCCAGCUGGGAUGAAUUCUGUGAUUCUCAUCGCAGAAAGCAACAUUUUGAUUUAAAGUACAGUUGUGUUUGUUUCAGUUUGUUCUGUCUGUGCACGGCCCUGCUGCAGCACAGCAUCAAGAAAUAGACCCUGCCUCUUUGAAUAAUGGAUGGAGUCAGCCACCCACAGGCUGCAGGGUGAUAUCAUGGCUGCGUCACUUGUGCAACUGAGGGAGGAGGGGAGGAGUGGUGAGACGAUGCAGAGAGAGGAGGCCCAGUGAGAGAGGUGCUUGCAGAGGAGGAGGACAGACGGAUUAUAAUCAUGUCAACCUCGUGGAAGAAGCUGCUUUUUCAGACCGUCCUGCUCCUCAUCUCCUGCAGACACAUCAAAACAAAGACAUCAGGCCCAACGCCUACACCACUGGUUCCCAUCAGUCCUCUGUUGACCGUUGGAAGAAGUGUUGUCGUUAAAGGCGAAGGUCACACUGAGAAGGUGGAGCUGGUGAACCCUGUGGAUCUGGAGCUUGAGUGCAUCUGGAGCGGGAACCCGAACAAUCUGCCAAACAUAACCGGCUGCUGGAGAAAAGAUGGAGAUGAAAUCGAGGACGGUCGCGUCACGGUGCAGCUGGAGAACGAGAAGUAUCAUCUCAAACGACUGUUCAAGAUCGUUGAUGAAGAAAACCUCGGAAAUUACUCUUGUGUGUUUGGAAAUGAAGCAAAAGUAGAUUUUAUUUUGGCAGCUCCACAGAUGGGAGAGGUGCGAGAUAAGCCCAUCGUCAGCUACGUGGGGGAUUCGGUGGUGGUCGCAUGUAAGAUGGAGAGCACCAAACCCAAGCCCCUCUCCUGGAACUGGUACAAAGCAAACGGGACAGAUAAAGAGCAGAUAUUUGUUGCAGCAGAGUCUCGUCAGAAUGAAAUCACAAACAAAGAGAGGACGACCAAGCUGGUGGUUCACAACCUGACAGAGGGCGACUCCGGCUUUUAUUACUGUGAAGCAGUGUACGCCAUCGGCACCACGAUGGGCCACGUGGAGCUGAAGGUCAUCACUCUGUGGGAACCUCUGAAGCCAUUCAUCGCCAUCCUGGUGGAGGUGAUAGUCCUGGUCGCUGCCAUUCUGCUCUACGAGAGAAGUCAGUCAAAGAAAAACUGCUCCGAAGUUAAUGGGACAAAUGUGGAGCAAUCACUGACGCAGGGAGAAAAUAACGGACCAGAGGAAAGUUCUUCAAUGAGACAGCGAAAGGUUUAAACUCUCUGCAAGUAAACGGAUUCUGCUUUUGCUUAUUUUCAAACGUGAAUGGUAGAGCUUAAAUGCAACAUUAAAGAAUUAUUUUUGUGUCCUCAAUGAAAAUCUAAAUAUUUUCACCAAACAAAAUGCAAUAAUAUGCAUGAAUCAGUUUUCACUGAAUUGUGCUGGAAGAUGUUUUUUGUCCAAUCGACAGCAGAAUCUGUGGUUAAAAGAGCUUUAUCCUGCACUGAACCCUGUAAACCGUCACUUCCUGUGGAGUUUAUUUCGGUGACUUUUCACCUCAUUCCGCAAUUGUUGCUUCUUUGUCAAAGGAAACCUCAACUUAUCUUUAUCUCGCUAUGAAUGCGGUUUGUGAGCAGUGCCUUACACUCUCAAAAAGCAAUUAUUGAACCUCACUGUGACUUUGUUGUUUUAUGUGCGCGACACUGUCUACUUCCAGUGUGUUAGUUUAAUAUCAAGAUAAACGCAGAUGUCUGUAUUGUUUUCAUGACUUCAGUUAUUGGUCUUUGUCCAUGUUGAAGGUGUCUCGUAUUCAUGUCAACAAGCAAAUUAAAACUACACAAAGCACCGUUACUGUGUUUGUUUCAGUAGCUGCUCACUAAAGACUUUAACUUAACUGAUGUGGAAACAACACAGAUUGUACAAUAAAUGUGUUUACAAAUGCUGUAAACUGAACUCUACAGUGAAGUUAAAUGAGGUGCUUGAUGUCACUUAAAUUAGAGUUGGUUGAAGACUUUAAGUUUAAUAUUACAAAAAAUCUGGGCUGUGGAGUUAGAAAGAGGAGAGUUAACGCUGGACUCAGUCGACAAUGAGGCAGCAGGGGAACAGAAAAAGGAUUUAGAGUCAGUGUAUUAACUGCAAAUGACAAGUAGUGUCAUUGACAUAGUCAUGCAAUGAAAAAUAUAUCAAAUUGUAUAAGUUUGUACAGAGAAACACACAAGACUCCUGAUUAUAAAGUAUCAUUUUAUUUUUGCAUAAAUAAUCUGCACAUGUAUGAUAAUCCUGGAUGUGUAUUUUUCUGAACGUUGUUCAAAACUCAUAAACCUGUUCACACAGAUUAAAGCAGAUGUUUUUUUAAACAGUCUAACAAAACGUGCACAUCUGCCGCGUUUUUUUCUUGAUUUCUUGGAUCUUUCAUGGGCUUGGAGAAAAAAAA